AGGACAACGGGGAGACGAGAUCGUUUGGGUCGACGAAGAGGUGGCCGUGUUGCGCUACCAAGCCCCGGCAGUGGGGCGUGCUGUGGAACAGCUCAAGGCGCUUGCUGCAGCUUUGAACCCGGCGAUGUCCGAACGCCAUCGGAAGCUGGCGGCGGCGGGAGACGGAGCGCACACGCUCCAGCCAAAAGCCCCAGCUUCGGAGGAUGCAGUUCUGACGGUGUCCCCGCGGGCGCAACUGGCAAGCUACCGCGGUGAGACGGGCUACGUUUGCCACCAGGACAACCGCUUCAGGCCAAGCCACGGCACCCGUCUCAACAGCCGGGAGCUCACCGCCAUUUUGUACGCCAACAAAAACUGGCGCCCAGAAGA